UAAUAAUACAUAUAUCAGUGGUUUCAGACAUUAGCUAACUUGUAUAUUCCAUUCAGUCGCAUCUCUGAAGUUAAAACCACAAUUCUUUCUUUUUUUAAUAUCACUAAUAAUACAUAUAUCAAUGGUUUCAGACAUUAGCUAACUUGUAUAUUCCAUCCAGUCACAUCUCUGUAGUUAAAACCACAAUUCGUUCUUUUUAAAUAUCACAAACGAAACAUAUAUCAAUGGUUUCAGACAUUAGCUAACUUGUAUAUUCCAUUCAGUCGCAUCUCUGUAGUUAAAAUCACUAUUCUUUCUCUUUUAAAUAUCACAAGCGAAACAUAUAUCAAUGGUUUCAGACAUUAGCUAACUUCCAUAUGCCAUUAAGUCUCAGGCUCAGAUAUAUUUUCAUUAUUAAUCCUUUUAAUAUCACAACAAAACAUAUAUCAGUGGUUUCAGACAUUAGCUAACUUGCAUAUGCCAUUAAGUCUCAGGCUCAGAUAUAUAUUCAUUAUUAAUCCUUUUAAUAUCACAACAAAACAUAUGUGAGUGGUUUUAAACAUUAGCUAACUUCCAUAUGCCAUUAAGUCUCAGGUAUAGAUAUAAAUCCAUCAUUAGUCCUUUUAAUAUCACAACAAAACAUAUGUGAGUGGUUUUAAACAUUAGCUAACUUCCAUAUGCCAUUAAGCCUCAGGUAUAGAUAUAAAUCCACCAUUCGUACUUCCUCAACACCUCCAGCAAUCAAUAUAGGGCCAUUUUUAGACAUUAGAUAAGUUCCAUAUCAUCCAUUUUCUUUGUUUACCUUCCCUCAGUGUUGCCAGAUAAGAGUAAGUAUAAAAACAACAAGCACUUUUACGCUGUUUACCCUGCCUCUCAGAUCGGCAAGAUUAGGCUUGGAUGGCACAGGAGCAGGAUUUUAUCUCUAUACCAACUCUUAGUCACCUAGUUCAAACCAUUGCAGGACAGACAUCGGUAAGAGUUAUUCUGGAAGAGUUUUUACGCUGUUCAGUCUGCCUCAUAGCUCGGCAAGAUAAGGCUUGGAUGGCACAGGAGCAGGAUUUUAUCUCUAUACUAACUCCUACAGUCACCUAGUUCAAACCAUUGCAGGACAGACAUUGGUAAGAGUUAUUCUGGAAGAGUUUGUACGCUGUUUACGCAUCCUCUUCGCUCAGCAAGAUUAGGCUUGGAUGGCACAGGAGCAGAAUUUUAUCUCUAUACCAACUCGUACAGUCACCCAGUUCAAGCCAUUGCAGGACAGACAUCGGAAAGAGUUAUUCUGGAAGAGUUUUCACGCUGUUCAGUCUGCCUCUCAACUCGGGAAGAUUAGGCUUGAAUGGCACAGGAGCAGAAUUUUAUAUCUAUACGAACUCCAACAGUCAACUAGUUCAAACCAUUGCAGGACAGACAUCGGUAAGAGUUAUUCUGGAAGAGUUUUCACGCUGUUCAGUCUGCCUCAUAGCUCGGCAAGAUUAGGCUUGAACGGCACAGGAGCAGAAUUAUAUCUCUAUACUAACUCUUACAGUCAACUAGUUCAAACCAUUGCAGGACAGACAUCGGUAAGAGUUAUUCUGGAAGAGUUUUUACGCUGUUUACGCUUCCUCUUCGCUCGGCAAGAUUAGGCUUGAACGGCACAGGAGCAGAAUUUUAUCUCUAUACCAACUCUUACAGUCACCCAGUUCAAACCAUUGCAGGACAGACAUCGGUAAGAGUUAUUCUGGAAGAGUUUUUACGCUGUUCAGUCUGCCUCUCAACUCGGGAAGAUUAGGCUUGGAUGGCACAGGAGCAGAAUUUUAUCUCUAUACCAACUCUUACAGUCACCUAGUUCAAGCCAUUGCAGGACAGACGUUGGUAAGAGUUAUUCUGGAAGAGUUUUUACGCUGUUCAGUCUGCCUCAUAGCUCAGCAAGAUAAGGCUUGGAUGGCACAGGAGUAGAAUUUUAUAUCUAUACCAAUUCUUACAGUCACCCAGUUCAAGCCAUUGCAGAACAGACAUCAGCAGGAGCUAUUUUUGGAAGAGUCAUCCGUCACUGCAACAACCUUCCCGCCGGAGUUAUUAGUGUGGAAACGAUCAACUCCUUUAAAAAUCACAUUGAUCGCCACUUUCCUGCAUCGGGGUGAAGUAAACAUAGCUAAGUGUUCGUACAAAAGUGCUUUAAUCUUCCCAUAUUAAGCGUUCAUGGGGUUUAAGUAGGCUUUGUUUACAUGUGCUGCCCCCUGGUGGAGAAUUCAAACCUCGCUGCCAAAGUCGUGUCAUCUAUAGCGCCUUGAAGUAUAAACGUACGGGUAUAACAUAGCUAUAGGUGCUUGUAUUAACCGGUUAACUAUAAACGCUGUAACAUAUAAGGAGUUAAACUAUAUCCACUGUAGUGUUUAGGAAGCUUAACUAUAAACGCCGUAACAUAUAAGGAGUUAAACUAUAUCCCCUGUAGUGUUUAGGAAGCUUAACUAUAAACGCCGUAACAUAUAAGGAGUUAAACUAUAUCCACUGUAGUGUUUAGGAAGCUUAACUAUAAACGCUGUAACAUAUAAGGAGUUAAACUAUAUCCCCUGUAGUGUUUAGGGAGUUUAACUAUAAAUGCCAUAACCUAUAAGGAAGCAAAGUAUAAACGCCAUGAUAUUUAGGGAGAAAAUCUAUAAACGCUGCGAUAUAUAAGAAUUUUGGUCCAGGAGAAAGUAUAAGUUCUGUAAUACUUUGUUUUGAUUGUUAGAAAGUUGUAUAAAUAAUAAUAAUAAUAAUAAUAAUAGUAGAGUUAGUAUUUGUAAGUGAGUGAAGAUAACUUACGAAGAGGAGAUAUACUAAUGAAUUAAACACACACACACACACACACACACACACACACACACACACGGAUACCAGAGGAAGAAGAAGAAAAAAUAAAAAAAAGGAGAUUAGAAGAAGAGAAGAAGAUUGUGAUUUUAAGAAGAAAUAAAGAAGAAAGGAAGAGAGAGAGAGAGAGAGAGAGAGAGAGAGUGAGAGAGAGAGAGAGAGAGAGAAGAAAAUGAAAUAGUCGUAGAAGAAGAAGAAGAGGAAAAAGAAGAAAUAGAAAUAAGGAAAAUAAGAAAGGAAAGGAAAAAAAAACAAGAAAAAGUAGACUAAUAACUACUACUACUACUACUACUACUACUACUACUACUACUACCACCGAAAUGACCCAUCACAGAGAAGAGGACGAGGAAGCCUUACUUCUCCCCACAGACCCCCCCAUGGACACCCCCCCACACCCGCCCAGUCUCGGGUGUGGGGGGCGGGUGUGUGCGGUGCUGGGGGGCAUCACCGUCGAGCCCAUUCUGUUCCUGUACGUCUUUGCGAUGGUCAUGAUGGGCAGUGUGACCACGAACUUGCUGCUGGAUAAGGAGUGCGCCGAGAUGGGUUACCCUCCCGACCUCUGCGACAACCUCACCAAUCACCCCACAGAGGAGGCGGAGGUGCAGCGCGGGGUGACCACCACCUCCAUGUACCUCAGCCUAAUCACCAGCCUGCCAUCGGUGGUGUUCGCGCUCUUCCUCGGGUCCUGGAGCGACAAGCACGGACGACUGUUUCCGCUCGUCUUGCCGCUGGUCGGACAGUUCCUCUCGACGCUGGUGUUUGUGGCAAAUGCGUACUGGACAUCGCUACCAUCCGCUUACAUCCUAUUCAGCGCAGUUCCCUCGGCACUCACGGGCGGCCUAUCCACACUCCUAAUGGCCUCCUUCUCCUACAUAUCCGACAUCACAAAAACAUCAGCUCGCACCACACGCAUUGCAUUCGUCGACCUCGGUUUCAGCCUAGGGUCACCUCUCGGGCUUCUCCUCGGUGACCUGCUCUACUAUAGGGUCGGGUACGGGGGGGUGUAUGGGGUAGGCGCUGGGAUGUUCCUCCUCGCGAUCUUUUAUACGUUGGUUAGGAUUAGGGAUACGAGGGGUGAGAGAGGGCGAAUGGCGGGAAGGGGUGGGAGGGGUGCGGGAAGGGGGGUGACGGGGGGUUGCAGUAGUGAUGGGGUGAUUGGGAGUGAGGUCAGGGAUGGUUGCCUUAGUGAUGGGGUCGGUAAUAGGGCUGAAAGGGGGAAUGGGGGUAGAGAUGGGGGUUUCGGGGUGACGGGAAAUUCAGAAACGGGGAAUUCUGUCAGUGAUGGGGGUGGAUAUUCAGGUUUUGAGGGUCGGGAAAAUGGGAAUGGGGGUAGAGAUGGGGCUUUCGGGGUGACGGGAAAUUCGGAAACGGGGAAUUCUGUCAGUGAUGGGAGUAGAAAUGUCGGUUUUGGGGGUCGGGAAAAUGGUGAUGGGGGUUUCGGGGUGAUGGGAAGCUCGGAAACGGGGAAUUCUCUUAGUAAUGGGGUUGGCGGGGUUAGGGAUGGGUGCCUUGGUGAUGGGGGUGAUGGGGUUAGGGAUGGGCGCCUUAGUGAUGGGGGGGUAAGGGAUGGGUGCCUUAGUGAUGGGGUUAGGGAUGGGCGCCUUAGUGAUGGGGUUGAAGGGGUAAGGGAUGGGGGCCUUGGUGAUGGGGCGAGUGAUGGGGUCGGUACAAAGAGGAUGUGCUUGGAUUUGUGUGACACUGAGAAUGUUCGGCUGUCCUUCGCUACGGCAUUCAAGAAGAGGCCGAACAGGGGCCGCGCCAAGGUGCUGGCUCUCAUCGCGGCACUGUGUCUCAUGGUGGCACAGUUUGGAGGUGUGGGCAUGGACUACCUGUAUACGAAGCGGGUGUUUGGGUGGACCUACAACCAGUAUGUGCAGCUCAGCGUCACCCAGCUGCUGAUUGGGGUGGUGGGUGCGUCUGUGGCCCUGCCGUUGUUGAGUUACCGUCUACAGGUGGCGGACACAGUGCUGGUGCUGGCCGGCUGUGUGUCCAGGAUAACAGCCCUCAUUGUCUUUGCUAUGGCCCCCCAACCUGGCUUCCUGUAUUUAAGCUGCAUCAUUGGGAUCAUCGGCAGCUUCCCCCUCAUCAUCACCCGGUCCCUCAUCAGCAAGGUGGUUCCGGCGGAUGAGCUGGGGCGGAUUUUCUCAGUUCUGGCGUCAGCGGAGAGCGUCAUUCCGCUUGCCGCUGGUCCGCUCUACACUGCUGUCUAUAAUUCCGCUCUCACCACCCUGCCCAGCGCUAUCUACUAUCUGAGCGCUGGCCUGUACACUGUGAUGACCAUGAUAGUCCUAUGUAUCUUCUUCACUGGGUCCUCCUCCUCCACCUCCUCCACCUCUUCCACCUCCUCCACAAGUUCAACCAUCAACCACAUCCAUUCUGACCCCAUCGCUGACAUUCAACCUUAGUCAGUCAGUCAAUCAGGGUUAGUUUGUUAGUUCGUACGUUACCCAUACAUGUUAACUUAUGCAUAGUGGGUUUAUCUCAUGUAUAAUUAUGUAUAUGUAUGUAUAGCUAGUGUUUUUAUGUAUAUUUUAGGGAGAACUCAUGUAUACAUAUCCACCCAUAACGCGAUUUUAAGGGUAACUAUGAUAUAUUUGUACGACAGAUGAAUAGAAAACGGGAGUACUAUGGGUGUAUGUAUAAUCUUGUAUUUUCUAUGUAUAUUUUAGGGAUAACUUGUAUAUAUCCACCCAUAUGCGAUUUUAAGGGUAACUAUGAUAUGUUUGUACGACAGAUGAAUAGAAAACGGGAGUACUAUGGGUGUAUGUAUAAUCUUGUGUUUUCUAUGUAUAUUUUAGGGAGAACUCUUGUAUAUAUCCACCCAUAUGCGAUUUUAAGGGUAACUAUGAUAUAUUUGUACGACAGAUGAAUAGAAAACGGGAGUGCUAUGGGUGUAUGUAUAAUCUUGUGUUUUCUAUGUAUAUUUUAGGGAGAACUCUUGUAUAUAUCCACCCAUAUGCGAUUUUAAGGGUAACUAUGAUAUAUUUGUACGACAGAUGAAUAGAAAACGGGAGUACUAUGGGUGUAUGUAUAAUCUUGUGUUUUCUAUGUAUAUUUUAGGGAGAACUCAUGUAUA